AUGACCUUGUGCGCCAGUUGUGCGCGAUACACAGCGUCUAGGCUUCUUCGUAGUGGUGCUCGUCAGGGGCAUCAUCCGUUCGAGCAACGAGCUUUGGAUGUAGCUGUCAUCGGGGCGCCAAACGCCGGCAAGUCUCUCCUGACGAAUCAGCUGAUCAAGGCUGCUGUUUCGGCUGUCAGCAGCAAGAUGGACACCACGACAUCGAAUAAUGAAGCCAUCAUUACCGAAGACGAUGUACAACUUGUUGUUAUCGAUAGUCCGGGCACUGUCGGUUUGAAGCAUGCGAGAGAGUUUGCCGGCCGAAAAUAUCAAGAACAAAUCCUAAGCGACCCCGAGGCGGCCAUUACAAAGGCUCAACACGUUUUGGUUGUCCAGGAUGCUACACAGACUGGAGAUUACAUUCAUCAUCGUGUGCUACACAUGCUACAUCGUAACGAGCAUAUUCCUUCUUCUUUGGUUUUUAACAAGGUCGAUCUCGUUUCGGAUCGGAGUGAGCUGCUAGAAUUGACUCGGAUAUUGACCAACGGACAAGUGGCUGGCGAGAAGAUUAAAGUAGCAAGUAAUACGAUUGGUCGAUUGGGGAACACCUUUGACAAGUUGAAGCUUCACGCAAUAGAUACGAAAAAUGACGAUCCGGAAUGGAUGGCUAAAUAUAGGAGAACGAUUGCGAAACCAACACAUAUAUGCCCAUACAAGGAGACGAAACACCUAUUCAUGGAUAUUCGUGGGUGGAGCAACUUCUCGGCGGUGUUUUUCGCUUCGGCACUGACUGGUGAAGGCAUCCAGCCGCUUCGGAAUCAUUUAAAAACGCUGGCAGAGAAACGUGAGUGGCGGAUGGAUCCCAGUGCCGUGACGACAAAGCGGCCGCAGGAUAUUUGUGCAGAAUCGGUACGCGGGGCGCUUUUGGACGUGCUACCCAGCGAUUUAGCGUAUAAUCUACAGCCAAAGGUGUCUGAAUGGAAUCAGGAUGGAGAGGUGUUACAAAUUGUCGUGGACAUUCCAUGCAAGACUGAGCGAAUCGCGAAGUUGAUUAUCGGCAAGAGCGGCGGGUCGCGAAUCAUUGAAAUCGGCCAGCGUGUCAAUGACCACCUUGCCACGUUAUUCCAACGCCAGCUGUUUGUGAGGAUACUCGUCAAACACCAGGGCAAAAUCGUCAAUUUCUCCCCAUCUCGA